AUGGCCACUUGUUGGAUGUCUAACAAGACGAAGCCAACACUUCUUAGACAUGUGGUGGCGCUUCCAAGAGGGCCGGUCUCUUGGAAUGUGUAUGAGUACGUGAAGGCUGCGCAUGAAGUGCGAAGAGUGAGACAAAGCCUCGUGACGGACUAUGAAGCAUUAGCAGAGCGAGGUGAUCAGAACAUUGGCGAGUAUAAUGAUGAGCAGACCCUUCUUUGUGUGGAUGGAGGGCAAAAAGGUGGCUCCAUUCGAACGAGCAGAGAAGAAGCCCAAGAAGGGCAUGCCGCCGCCGGAUGCGACUUCAGAUUCUAA